AUGGCGGCCGCCCCCCACCCAGCGCCCUUGCCAGCCCUGCCCUGCCCGGGCCACGUCCAGCUUCACCCGGAGACGAGCUGCCGGGCAGGGCUGCCGCACGAAGGGCGGACGGGGCCUUCGAGGGGCAACGCAGGAGGGCUGCCAGCGGGGACCGGCCUUGUCCCAGCCAGGCAGCAGCCCCGAGGAGGGGGAAGGGGAGGGGGAGCCGUCUUCCCUCGCGUGGCUGGGGAUGUCCGCGCCGCCCACCGCAGAGCCCGCUCAGGGGGAGUCAGGAAGGCCCCCCCCCCGAAGGCACACGCUGCGCACGCAAUGCUGCCUUGGCCCUGCUGCUGCCGCCCAGAACAAAGCGCCUCCCGCGGGAGAGAGAACACGGAGGAGGAGGAGGAGGACCCCCCCCCAGCCCCGGCCCCGGCCAAGGCUGCGCCAGGCUGCGUGUCCAGCACAACCCUGGAGCCAGGCGCUCCUCCGGCCGGUGAUGGUGGCGGCAAUCGCGGGACGUUCCGCUGGCAAAGCACGCCGGUGCCCUCAGCUGACCCGCCGGGCUCCAUCCCAGAGUCCGCCCAGGGCCACUCCGGCAAGCACAAGCAGCCCCCGAGCUCCGGGGGGGGGAGGGCUGAGCGAGCCCUGAGCACUCCUCUUGCCACCCCCACGGCGGGCCAUUCCGCUGCCGCUUGGUGGCUCGAGGCUGGCCCCGUCCCAGGCUGGGCGCUGCCUGAGGGCGCCUUAGCAAAGGGCCCUUGGGUGAGCAGGGAGACGGGGCCCCAUUCGCUGACCCCAGACCCCGUGGUGGCCGUGGCGGCCACUAGCCCAGCUGCCUUUCCAAGGAUCGAGGAGGCAGCGGCGGCAGGGGGCUACCAGCGGCUGCCAGGCAGAGAGGCAUCGAGCCUCCCUGGGAAGCACCUGGCUGGGCACCACCCGCUCCUGAAAGGCCUCCCGGGCCUGUGGCCUGAUCCGGCUCCUCCUUCCUCCGGGGCUCAGGGCCCAGCCUGGCGCCAGCUCAGCCCCACGGCCAAUGCCAGCCAAGUGCUAGCGACUGGCUUUGCCCAGGGGAGGCCGUCCGCAGCAGCAGCAGCAGGGGGCUGGCAGGGCAGGGCCCAGACAGGCAGCGGCACACACAGCCGCUCCGAAGGGCACCGUCCUGACGUAAGCAGAGAUCCGGCAACUCCCAGGGCGGGCACAGCCGGUGCCAAGGCGCCGCCAGGUUGCCAGGCUCCCCACAUCUGCCCAGGAGACGACGCCUGUGUGGGGAGUCAGACCCAGGCGCUCGGCCCCGCCCUCGAGCCCAGCGUGAGCCCGGCCUGCCCAUCAGCCACACGUGCCCUACUCCGCAGGGCUGUUGCAAGGCGGAGGAGGAGAAAAACGGCCCGCGGGACAGAGCCUCACCCGCGGUAUACAGGGCCGGAGAGAAAGCUCUCCAAGAGGAAGGCCCGACCCACUGCCCAGCCCAGCCCCCACCCUGAAAGCGAGAGCAGCAGGCCCCCCUGCCCCACUCUGCCGGGUCUGGUCGGCGGGGCUGUCCAGAUCAGCCACUCCAGCAACGGCCCCGGAAACCCCUCCCGUUACCUGCAAGCGAAGGCUGCCAGAGCUCAUCUCCUCGCCACACAGCAACUGGAGGAGGAAGAGGAAGCCCAGUCAGUCCGGCAGCCCCAUCUCCCCCCCCCCCACACCCUGGACGAGCAGGGCCCCAACCCCGCGCGCUGGCUGCAAAGGAGCCCCACUGAGGGUCCGCCCUCCUGGCCGCCAGCUGCAGGACCCAGCAAGGAGGAGGAGGAGGAGGAGGAAGCUCUGGGACCCCGCCCGCCCGGCGCUCAGACGCCCUCUGCACGCGCUCAGAGGCAGGCAGGCAGGCAGCAGCAGCAGCCUCCGCCCUCGGCGCGGCCGGGGCCCCCGACUGCCGCUCGCCCCAGCCAGCGCACUCCCGGGAUGGCCGGCGGGCCCGGACACCUGAGCAGCAACCUGGGGGGCGCCCCCUGCCCCCCCCGAGAUGGCAACCUGUGA